AUGCUCAGCGGGGGUGGUGCUGCAUCUUCGCAUGAUGAGGGAUCAUCGUCGUACACGUCUCCUAUCGUCUCGCGUCAUCACAAGUUGUGGGAUGGCACUACUAUCUUCCACGUGAAGGGUUUGAGGCAAGAACAACGGCAGCAGAAGCAGCAACAGGAGGAAAAUACAGUAUCCCCAUCGUGGUUGCCUCCAAAACUGAUGAACGCAGCCUCCAUGUCGCCGUCACCCAGCCCUACCAAGGCGCGUUUGUCAUUCGCCCCGAUGCAGCGUAAUGGUCUUGGCAGAAGCCCUCUCUUUUCUCCAAGGAAGGCGCCACUCAGUUUCGCUACGUCAGCGGCUACUACUACUACUACUACUACUACUGCUACAGCGGCGGCGGUGGUGGCUGCUUCGGCGGCGGCACCGUUAUCAUUGAACGGCCACCAAUACAACGUCCCAGUGGCAGUUGAUGUGCCCCUGCAGCAGCAGAUGCUAGAUGCCUUCAAAAGGCGAGCAACGCGUGCAGUCUCGCUGGACAAACUCGACACUAUGAGAGAUGAGGAUCCGCUAUGGCCCAGUGGGGCGACACGGUCAUCGGAUAUAACAGCAGCAAGGCGCAAAGACCACGGGGGUACAGCUGUGCCCGGAUCCAUGGCGCGCGACCAGGUGGUGCGUGUUGUUGACGUGGUGCUGUCGACCGGUGUGUCCUCAUCAGUGAAGACUGGCUACGCUGGCAGUGCUUCCAACGACGAGACAAUUGCGUGCACGGCGCUGGCCCGCGCCCUCGAGGCGGAGCUGCACGGACGAUUUAUUGUUGAGCAGGCCGAGCUGUGGAUGCGCGAGGACGCGGCGCGGCGCAAGGCGUGUCUGCGGGAGGAACACAUGCGGCGCCUGCUGGUGAUGCGUGCCGUAGCGGCGAUGCACGCGUGGCACAGCGAGCACCGGCACGCCGCUCGAAUGCGCGACUUACAGGUGCGCUCUGAUGAGCUCGCGGGAGAGGAGCGAGAGACGCUUCUCGCAAGCGUCCGCCGAUUGGAGAGCGAAGAAUCGGUGCUGCUAGAGCGCGUCGGCGACGCCGAGAGGCGCGUGAAGUGGGGCCAGCGGCUCCUUGCACUGCGAGAGCAGGAGGCCCUCACGCAGAUCAAGGCGGAACGCCACGCGAUGGUUGCGCAGCUGCAGCUGUUGGAGACACGCCUCGCGGAAGCGCUUGAGCGGCGCAAGAGGGCGGUUCUCGGCGCAGCGUUUGGCCACGAGCCGCACCACCAGCUUCUCUCGUUUGAGCCGCACAGCACAGGGUGGGAUGCGCCGUCUAUCUGUGUCUCGCGUGAUCGCACAUCUAACGCCACACAGGAGGAGCAGGCGUUAACAGCAGCAAAAACACAUGCUGCACCGUUGCGCCGCACUGCUGUGUCAUCAUCGAUGGAUUUCUCGACGCCGACGGCCCCUUUAUCGUCUUCGGGCGGUGGUGCGUUUUUGGUUGCUAUGCGGGAUGCGACGGCCGCGGCCACGCGGCUGCUGGAUGAGGAACGGCCGCAUCCGUUUCAUCACCGUGUCGUUGAUGCACCACCGGCCGACUACUACGCCGCUGCACGCCAGGGAAGAGUGAGUGGUGACGUGGACAUCAGGCGUGCAUCGUCACCGCGGACGGUGCUUUGA